UGCUUAUGCGGGUGGUCUACCGUGAUGACCCGUGACCAGCGUAGUCCUUGUCCAUGCCAUCACGCGCUCGUCAUCAUGCUUGUCAGCCAGCGCGCAUGGGUCAUGUUGCCACCGCCGUGGGUCAUGGUGGCGAACGGAUUGGGGCCUGCAGCUCCUGCAGCAUGUCACGUGCCCGCGUCUUGCUGCAACAGCACGAUGUCUGAGCCGAAGGUGGGCCCCAGAGGCGCUGCGGCUGCCGCGCAUGGCUGGGAGGGAGGGGGUCUACGCAGAGCGUUCGUGAGCGUGCUGGUCCUAAGAUUGUGUCAGGCCAUCGUCCAAAUCCACGCCGUCGCCACUACCUCUUGCUCUGUGCGCGUGUGUCCUGCUCCCAGUGUGCCAACCGACCUGGCCGCAUCCGACGGUGGUCCUGGGGGAGGCGUGCCGAAUGCGUGAGGUGACGGCAGG